AGCUGAGGAGUUCCGAAACCAAAUUAUUAUUUUGUCAUCCUCAAAAUGGAUCAUGUGAUUUGAGUUUCGGUUUCAUUGUUUUCUCUGAUCAAAGAUUUAAUCAAUACCAGUAUGGAUGCGUAUUCCAAAAGAAAUCGUCAAUUCAUCAAUCAAUAUAAUCGGUUUAAGUAAAGUGACUCAUCAGCAUAGCUGCCACAGUUUUGACAGUAACUUUUCCAGUUGGUGGUCCAGAGACCAAAAUCUUAUCUUGUUGCUUAGCUAAACAUUCAGUAGACAGAUACAAAUCUGAUAAGGAUAUGUUAUAAAAACUUGGAAACUUUUAAAAACAAUUUCAUUUAAUGACACUGGUAUCUGUCCAAUAAGUUUCUGCUUUUAUAUUUAUAGACAGUUUGUAUUCCUAUUCUAUUUUACACCAUUUUUCCAUUUAAACAAAAAAUUGAGAAUGAGUAGUAAUUCACAUGUACAUACUGCAGCGCCACCUCCUGAUGUUACAUUUGCAGCGCCAGGAUUGCCUGAUAUUCGUAUUCCAAGGUCACCAACCCGUACAAAUACAAGGGGCAAUGAAGAAAGUUCACCUCUGCUAGUUUCCAGAGUUGAACAUGAGUAUGGAUUAUUUGAAAAUAAUUUCCCAGAUGAUCCAAAUUUUCAAGAAAUAAUCAGAGAAGCUGAAGCAGCAAUUGAUCAAGGAAUUAUGCCAGAAAGAAUCUAUCAAGGUUCAAGUGGAAGCUACUUUGUAAAAAAUACAGAUAUGAAAAUAAUUGGUGUGUUUAAACCAAAAGAUGAAGAACCAUAUGGUCAACUCAAUCCAAAGUGGACCAAAUGGAUGCAUAAAAUAUGUUGCCCAUGUUGUUUUGGUAGAAAUUGCUUAGUCCCAAACCAAGGAUACCUGUCUGAGGCAGGUGCUAGUCUCGUAGACUCAAAACUUCAAUUGAGUAUAGUCCCAAAAACUAAGGUAGUAAGGUUAUCUAGUGAAACAUUUAAUUACACAGACAUCGACAGGUUAAAAUCAAGGACAAAACAGAGCAUAUUACAGAAAGUACCAGCUUUAGGAAAGAGAUUUCAUAGAUUAGGUUUACCACCAAAGACUGGUUCAUUUCAGCUGUUUGUAACUGAUUUCAAAGAUGCUGAUUUCUGGCUUAGGAAAUUUGAUCAUGAAGAUCUCCCAAUAUCUACAGCGACAAGAUUACAGCAUUUAUUUGAAAGACUUGUAGUGUUAGAUUAUAUAAUUAGAAACACAGAUAGAGGAAAUGACAACUGGUUAAUAAAAUAUGACCCAGUGUCAUCACGAGGCAGCUCAGGGACAGAUAUAGAGGAUGGUGAAUGGAGUUUAGUAGACAAUCCUGACAUCAGUGUAGCAGCUAUAGACAAUGGAUUAGCAUUCCCUUAUAAACAUCCUGAUGAAUGGAGAGCUUAUCCAUAUCAUUGGGCAUGGUUACCACAGGCAAAGAUACCAUUUUCUGAUGAAAUCAAAGACCUAGUAUUACCACAGCUAUCAGAUAUGACAUUUGUAGAAGACUUGGUGGAUGAUUUGUAUGAACUCUUUAAGACAGAUAAAGGUUUUGAUAGAAGAACUUUUGAAAAACAGAUGUCAGUUAUGAGAGGACAAAUUUUGAAUUUGACACAAGCAUUAAAAGAUGGAAAAUCCCCAGUACAACUAGUACAGAUGCCAGUAGUUACAAUAGAACGAAGUAAAGGAAUGGGUGGGCGUGGCAGAACUGACAGUGAAACAUUUACACAGAGCUUUGCACACAGAGCUCCAUUCUUUUCUUGGUGCUGAUAUAAUGUUAAAUUAAACUAGAUAAUCACAUACGAAUGAUGCUUUUCUUUUUAUAAAAGAAAGGAAAGAAGAUGGACCUAAGAGAGAUUUAAAUAUGACCUGAUAUUUUUGGAAUCCAAAUAUAUAUGUUAAUGCUUAUUAAUAGCUGUAAAGUGUUGCUGUGAAGCAUAGGACAAAAGUUUCAGAGUGAUUUGUAUUCUUGCUCUCACAGUUAGAUUCAGUAAAAUAUAUAUUUUGGUUACCUAAAUUAUUUUUUUCACAAAAAUAUUUUCCUCAAUACUGUGGAUUCAUUUAUUUUCGUGGGUAUCAAUUUUCGUGGUUUAAGGAAAAUUUACAUAUUCGUGGAUAUUUAAUUUCGUGGUUUUGGCAAAGUCUACACUCAUUCCUUUAGAAAAUUUGUUAUUCGUUGAACAUUUGAAUUCGUGGUUCUCCUGUACCAACGAAAUCCACGAUAAUUGGUAUCCAACGAAAAUUAAUGAAUCCACAGUAGUUUCUAGUCCCCAAAAACAUGAAAAAAUGUUUACUAUCUGUAAAUAAUUUUCUACAGUUGAUUUUAAAACAAGAUAAAAUAAAGAUUUAUUUCACGACAUUGAUUUUUAAAGAGAAAAAAAAAAGAAUGCAAUAAAAUUACAGCAAUAAAAAAAUCAUUGCUGCCUUGAAUUCCUGAGAUGAUUGAACAUGUUGAAGUCUUUUCUACAAUUGAUAUUUAUUUAGCUGUCACAAUAGUUUUACAAUGCACCAACUGAUUUGUAACAUUUAACACAUAUUGUUAUUAGCAUAUGUUUAAUAAUAGCUAAGUUUUCCACAUUAAAUCAGUACCUCUGCAUAAUCAUUGUUUGUCUGUCUCAAAGGGUAAUCUCUAAAUGUUCUUACAAUUCAGCUUUAUAGGGAAAUAUUUUGAUAUUGUAUGCUUAUCAAUGUUAUUUUGUUAAGCAACAAUAGCAUGACACAGAAGUUAUCCUGAUAUUUAAAAAUAUCAUAAGUUUUCAUUUUCUCUUACGUUUGGCAAAGCCAAGUUGCAUCUCUUAGAAUUAUGUCCCAGAUAAAUGGAAAUGUCUUGUAUCUUGCUGUACAAUCCAUGAUGUAAACAUUUAAGAUUUAAAAAUGAUCUCAAUUUUUUUCUUCAAUUGAUCCAAUGAUUUCAAUCAUGACAAAGAUUGUGUUUUAAACUGCAUAAUUAUUUAUUUUGUAUCAUCUGCAGAACAGAUAGGGAUCUCUGUCUAAUAAUUUACAUAACAAUGUUAAAAUCAUAAAUUUGCUUUAUUAACAAGAAGACAUCCUACUUAUUAACUGAAGAUACCCAUUUAUAAUAAAAUUACUGUUACUGUUAACUUUUUAACAUUUAAAUACAAAAGGAAAUCCCAAGGUAACCUAGAUGUUAAAGUCAUGCCCAGUCAUGUAAUAAAAAAAGUGUUACUAUUUUGUACUUAAUUUUGAAAAUAUGAGUACUUCACUACUUGUGAGUGAAUAAUAAAGAAAAGAAAGAGAAUUACGAAGAAGAUAGUAAUGUGUUUGUAAAUAUGUAAUUGAAGUUUUGUAAUGAUUUCAUAAAAAAUGAUGAAGAGGACCAAAGAUUUGAAACUAAUUGAUGAAGUAAUAGUUUAUUUAUUCUGGCAAAUAUAGAAAAUUCCAAAAACCUUGGAAUAGUUCUAUUUUAUUUUUGAACUAAGGGAUUGGCUGAGUGGUCUAAGAAGUCAAACUUCUGUAUCACUAUCCUGUCAACAGUCAUGGUGUGAGGAUGAAUCCUGCACAGGACAGGUGGUUCUCUCCAGGCACUCUGGCUCCCUUGACCAAUAAAAACUGACCGCUACAAAAUAGAACAAUAGUGCUGAAAGUGGUGUUUAACACCAAUCGAUCAAUCAAUGUAAUUAAGGGAUAAUUGUUAGGUUACAACCUUUUUCAAAAUAUAUAUUCAUAUAAAUUUAAGAUAAGCAUAUUAAAUGAAUAAAUAGCAGGGAUUUAUAUGAACUUCAUUUUAAAAAAAUCUUUAGUGUCAUGACUUGUUUUGAAGAUGCAUUUCUUAAUUUCUGUAAAAUUGCCAUUGGUAUGCCAUACAUGUAAACUGUAAAACAUUGUUUGAUAGGAAGAGAUAUUUUUGAGAUUUUGACAUGUCAUACAGUUAACAAGUCUUGAAUGAGAAAUUCUCCAGUUUUGUAAUAACUGAAAAUAAUGGACAUGCAGACACAGACACAAAGUUACUUAAGAAUGAUGAUUUUCAAGAGAGAGUAAGAGACAACCUUAGUAUAGGUACAUUGGUAUAUGAUUUAAAUAUUGUUGAUGCUGUAUAAUUUAUAUUUGUAUUUAAUAUGAUGGAUGAGAUGAGGACAAUAAGAAGUGUUGCAAUAUGUAUAUGACAUGUGAUAUUUUUAACUUGUUAUUGACAUUGAUUUCAGGAAAUUAAAUUAAAAUUAUUAAUUUA